AUGGGGCCGGUGCGGGGGGGAUUCCACUACGACGAGGAGCCGAAUGUCUACCUCCAGGUCUCUGGCGAGAGCGACGUGCUGCUCGUCCACCCAGACUACGUGCGGGCGUUCUCGGCGGGCCUUCGGAGCCGGCAGCCGCCGAGCUUGGCGGACCUCGCGAGGGAUCCGUUCCUGAGGCAGAUCCCCACGCACUUCUUCCACAUGAGGCCUGGGGACGCCGUGACCUUUCCCGGGGGUACCUACCACAUGGUCAUGGCUCAGACGUUCGAUCGUCUGGCCCUGAACUUCUUCUUCAUGCCGAAGUGGCGGAAGCUGGAGGUCCUCGACCACGACUGGUACUCCUCCGAGCGGAGGGGGCCUCUGGGCGACGAGCGGCUGGCGCUGCGGCAGCUCUGGGCCAGGACACUAGUGCGGCUGUACGAGGACACAGGGAAGGCUGUCAUCUACAUGGGGGAAAAGAACGAGUACCUUUGA